AUGCCAAGGGAUUCCUUCCACCAGACUCCUCAUAUAACAUACCCACGGUCUCCUUCCCUGUGGAGGACAUCCUCUCCCCCACCUCAUUUUAUCCAGCCGAGGAUAGUUGAGCAGCCUGAUUCAGCUAGUUUGAAGCAGACAUGUAUGUAUCGAAAGAAGCUGGACAAGGAGAAAUCCAAGACCCAAAAGAAAAAGCCUGAUUUUUCCCUCUCAAAGUUUGUCAUGUUAGCGAAGCUUAAGGAGAAAGAGAUUUACGAAUGGAAUGAGAAGCUGAAACCAGAAAGGAUAAAGGCACUCAUCAAGAAUUUAAAUUCCUCUGUUGAAACUGAACAACUCUACGCAGCUCAGGCCCUUGGUCAUCUGGGAGUAGCUGAAGAAGAUGUUGUCUCUGCACUUUAUAAUACAUUUCAGGAAUGUAAAAGUCUGCCCUUGCGGUAUGAAACAGCUCGCUCCCUGGCUUUGUUGGGUUGCCUGGAGGAGGCCUCCGUAAUGAAAGUAGUGAUUAGAAACUUGAAGGAGGUGAGCCUGAACCGGAGAGAAGAUGUCUUGUCUGCUCUGAGAGUGUCUUUGCACGCGUGGUCAAUGGUGCCUAAGUAUGAGUGGCCUAGCAUAGGUGCCCAGUCCAGCCUGACCCGGAAUCUACAGCGGUUGGUGAAAUGGCAGGAGCCCAUGGACAACGUAGCCUUUGACGCAGCCAUUUGCUUGGGAUACCUGGACGACUCCAACCCCAUUGCCCAACUGACCAUGUUUCAGUGCCUGACCCAGAAGGACAGGAAGAAGAAAAUGGAGGCUUUGAUCAUGCUGGUACACCAGAUGGGCAUUGUGGAUGCUGUUAUCCUCCAGACCCUUCUUGAGCAGCUUCGAUGUUCCCCUGUGUGCAAACAUCGUGUGGACUCUGCAAAGCUUUUGGCUACCAUAGGGCUGGAAACAAUCCAACAUGAAUGCCUGGAGGAUAAUAUUUUUAAUGUUCUUCUGGAAAAGUUGUAUGACGAUCCAUUUCUGGUAGUAAGGCAGUCAGUGGCCAUGACUGUGGAAGAGCUGAAGAUGAAGAAGCAAAUCUGGGACAUUGUGGAGAAACAGCUGAAGGAGGAGAACGAGGAGGCCAGAAGGAAGGCUGUAAUUUCAUUAGGUGUCCUUGGUUUCCGCCAUAAGAACGUGUUUUUUACUUUGCUGGAAAUGCUGGACCUGGAUGCCAGUGAGGAAGUCCGCAUACAGGUUAUCAGGACUUUUUCCACUCUGGGAAUGAACAACACACAUGUGAGGAAGAGUCUGAAGCACAGGGCAAAGACAGACGGAGCAAUAGCAAGAGAAUGUGCCAAAGCCUUGAAGAUUCUGGAUAAAGUCACUGUUCUCAAGAAAGACUUGAUGCUGCAAUCUUUCUGCCUCCACUGA